UUCUGCUGGGGCUCCCUUCAGCCUUGGAGGGAAUGAAAUCCUGCUGCCUUUCAAGUCACCCCCGCCACCAGCAGGCCAGAGAGACCGCUCGGUCCUUGGGGAGGGGUCUCCAGCUGAGCAUUGCCGGCAGAGCGGCGUUGAUCUGAAGUCCCUUAUUUCUCCCCCCUCCCUUCUCUCUCUCUCUCUGGUCGUACAGGAGCUGCUGCUGCUGCUGCUGCUGCGGAUGGCAGGCAGGCAGAGAAACAGCAGCAGCAGCUGUGCUCCUGCUCCCCAGCCCUGCUCCCCUCUGGGCAGAGCCAAACAGGGCUCCCCGCUUUGCAUCUGUGCCAAUGCCGGGGAGCUGAAAGACCUUGGCAGUCAUGGCACCGUUCUCCCGCAGGAAGACCUGCGAAACCACCCCAGGGAGCCCUAUUACACCGCCUGCCUAACCUGGAUGGUACGAAAUAAUAGCAAUCCCAUUUGCCAGGAUUGUAAAGAGGAAGAUUCCAAACUUGCCGGGGAAGACAAUUUACUAGCUGGAGAAAAGAGUCCUAGCAAGGCCACCCUGAACAAGGAGAUCCCGGAACCUACUGUGCAUUGUGGGAUACCCGGAUGCAUCUGGAGGGGCCCACUGAGCAAUUUGGAAGAUCAUCGCCGAAUGUGUGAAUACGUCCUGGUCAAUUAUGGUCAGGCAGCGGUGUGCAGGAUGUUGAUGGAUCCAAACGCUGUCGAUAACCCCAAGACAUCUGGGAAGGAGCAUCAGAAUCCUUCAGGACUUUGUCCCAUGGAUGAAGGUUGCCGAUUUUCCAGAAUUGGAUGCUUGUUCAAGGGCAACGCAGGAGAUCAAAAAGUUCACGAGAAGAAUGCUGCCGGAAGACACCUGUCUCUGCUGCUCCAGUAUGUCAAACACCUGAAGGGCAAUCCAUCCCCAAGAGGCAGCUUGUGCAACUCACCUUUGAUAGAUGCCAAGCUUUGGAUGAAGUCACCUCUCACCCUGAAGAUUCAGGAUCCAGUGGGGGAGAGGUCCUUCUCUGCGUCGCCAGUGGAGGAGGGGGUGGUGAGCUGGUGCACCCUCUUGAGACGAGUGAAGAGGGUUUCUUGGCUGGAGACCAAGCUGCAGGUCUUUGAGAACAUCACAUCGGUGCUGAGCAAGGAGAUGGCCAUGUCUCGGCAGAAAAUCCUGGCCUUCCGUGGACAGAGGGGCCUUGACCAAGAUAUGAUUCGUGGCUUAGAGCUGAAGAUGGCGGAUCUCCAGCGAUCCCUGGCGCAGAAAGACGCCGCUCUCAUCAGACUGGGGCAGAGACUCCACUCGUCCGAGCAGACUUCUUACGACGGCGUCUUCCUGUGGAAAAUCACGGACGUUCAUCAGAAAUGCUACGAAGCCAUCUGUGGCAAGGUCCACAGCUUCCAGUCGCCGGCAUUUUACACUUCCCGAUACGGUUACAAACUGUGCAUGAGGAUCUACCUGAAUGGAGAAGGCCGAGGCAGGGGAACCCACAUCUCGCUCUUCAUCGUGCUUCUCAAAGGGGACUAUGACUCACUGCUGCCCUGGCCUUUCACGCACAAGAUCACCUUCAUCUUGCUCAGCCAAGACCACGGGGACAAUCUGACAACACAUUUCCAGCCGGAUCCAACCUCUGCCUCCUUCCAGAGGCCAGAGACGGACCUGAACGAGCCCAGCGGCUUUGCCAGAUUCGUUCCGCUGGCCAAAUUACAGUCCCCGAAAUACACUUAUUUGAAAGAAGGCACCUUGUUCCUCAAAUGCAUCAUGGAAACGAGUUCGUGAAGUCGUUUCCAACUACUUGGCUCGCCGAGGGAAUAUUUAAAGGCGGCGAGAUGCACUGAAAAUAUUUCGGGUGAUGGGGCUUUGCAAUACGGUUGAAUUUGGCUCUGCAAAAGAGCCACUCCAGCCCUCCAGUAAUAAUAUUUGGCUCUUCUUAUUAUAUAUAUAUAUAUUCAAGUUUUUUUAAUUUAUAUAUAAGUAUUUUGAAUACAGUAUAUUGUCCGAGCGUACCAUUUUACAAAAAGGAAAGAAACAAAAAAUAACACAUGUACCGUAUUUUUCGGAGUAUAAGAGACACUCCCCCCCCCCACUAAAAGUGGGUGAACAUUUGGGUGCGUGACAAAACGUUGCCAUUCACUGUGAUGGACAUUCCUCCUGCCAGAUGUGAAAGAUUGGAUGGACAUGUGAAGGUCCAGUGAGUUGUUAUUGCUCAACCACUUUUGCAAUUAAUCUUCUCAACUAAUGUUUAGCAUCUGCUUGGAGUUAAAUAAGGUCAACAGAAUUCAAGGACAGUUAGACUUACCAUAUUUUUCAGAGUAUAAGACACACUUUUUCCCCUGUAAAAGAGGGUGAAAAUUUGGGUGCGUCUUAUACACCAAAGGUAGCCAAAAACGAAUGCGAGGCAUGGAGGAGGCGAUAGUCUCUGGCAAUCCCUGCAGCCUGGAACAGCUGAUGGGGGGCAUUCUGGGAGGCCGAUCCAUCCGCCAAUCAGCCGCUUCUGCUGAAUCAGACUGUAAUAAUGUGCUGAAGCUGAUCUGCCUAUUCGCUAUUUGCUGCAAGGACGUGUCAGAUUUU